AUGUCGGAAUUGAAUUCCCCAGAAGGAUAUCCAAAUCUGCCGGGCUCGAAGCCUUCUAGCAAGGCCACCCAUUUAACUGCUAGACAGCUUCACAUCGACGCGCAGAUCACCGAGAAUGCCGAGGACAUCGUGCAAAUAAUCAAUGAUAGCGAAACCAGGAACUUCCAGUUGGGUGUGAUUCUCUUGGUGGUGGCCAUAGGCUCAUGGAUUGUUGGUUUGGAAUUGGUCAAUUCGGUUUUGAAGGGCGAUGAGUACAGAAAGCCGUUCAUGUUCGCAUGGUACACAGGCUCGUGCUUCUCGUUGAACUUGACCCCCGACCUUUAUGGGUUUAUUAAAAGUAAAAUCGUAGGCACUACCAGUGGAUCUGGUAGUGAUGUAGCACAGGUUUCGGAGACAGACCCGUUGCUUCUGGACGCUGCUGCUGCCUCCCCACGCUCGUUGACUUCGUCCGAGAAGAUGUCGCUCGAUGAGGGCCCCACUGAGUUGAGCCGCCAGGAAGUUGCAGUGCUAGCCAUUGAGAUAUCUAUCAUCUAUUUUGCCUACAACAUAUUCGUAAUGGAAGCGUUGCAGUAUACAUCAGCGUCGAACCAGACUGUUUUGGGCUCCACGACGUCGAUUUUCACCCUCUUCAUUGGCCACUACUUGAAGAUUGAUAAGUUCACUGCCAAGAAGUUGAUCUGUAUCUUCAUCAGUUUGGCUGGGGUUAUCUUCAUCAAUUGGAGUGAAUCUGGGAAGGAGAGUGACGGAGGUUCCAAAUUUGAACCAAGCAACCCGAUUUUGGGUAAUUUCUUGGCAAUCUUAGGAGCCUUGAUGUAUGCCCUCUACCUUAUUAUCAUGAAAAUUAAAUGUGGGACUGGCAAGAAGACGACCAACGAAAGGAAGUUGUUCGGCUGGAUUGGCGUCUGCCAGUUCUUCUUGGGGAUUCCAGUCUUGAUCUAUGUUCAUUACAAAGGAAUUGAGGAGUUUGAGUUCCCACCACCUUCGAAUGCGAUUUUGUUUCUGGUCGGUGUCAAUGGUGUGCUCUCGUUCAUCUCUGAUUAUGCCACCAUUUUGGCCAUGUUGCUCACGAGUCCUCUCGUUACUUCGUUGUCCUUGACUUCAGCAAUCCCAAUUACCAUUUUUAUUGACUUUGUAGUUGCCCGCUUCACUGGGGGGAAAGGUAAUGGCGGUGACACUGAAAGCAACUUCAUAUACUUCUUGGGAAUUAUAAGCAUUUUGGUCUCUGUCAUUUUGAUUAACGUGAAUCUCACCACGGAGAAUGAUUUGAUUAACGAAUUCAUAGAAGAGGCUUUAGAAGAGGCUAUAAGGGAAGACGAAGUGCUUUCUCCUGUCCUCUCCCCGUUGUUAUCUCCAAAAUCUCCUUACACAGCUAACUCUCCUUUCCUAGCUGCUGGCAUUAGUGGUAGCAUUGAGGCCAACCAACCAGUUGGAGUCAAUUUCCAGACGAUUAUGAAGUCUUUCUCCCCCAAGCCUAAAUCAGCACCAGUUCCUCAACAACCGGUAUCAGGAUUUCUGUUACCACAAAGUCAAAUCGAAGGUUUCAAUUCAAUCAAUGCAGCAACAGACGUAGCAGUUCCAGAUGGAAAAUUAUUGGUCUACGGAGGUGAGAACCAUCACUACCACGUCAAGAACUUGUACCCGAACCAGAGCUCCAAUCGAUCGGAUUCAACUAACGACAAUACUUCAUAUUAG